AUGCUAGACGAGGAGCUUAAGCAGAAGUUCAACCAAGGCUAUCAGAAGUUCUGGUUGCAGCAACACAUUGAAACACAGUAUCCUGUAUUGUGGAACAUUGCUGAAAAGUACCUUAUCUCUCUUCCAUCAUCAUACCUAGUCGAAAAAGGCUUUAGUGUGGUUACAAACAUUUUGACAAAACAAAGAAACUGUUUGAUAAUCAACGAACGCGAAGAUUUAAGGCUGCAACUCACCAAUAUUAAACCAGAUUUAGCUAGAUUGCGAGUAGGAAACUUUUUAGAUUUAAGCAUCAAAUUAAAAAUCACAGAUAAGGGUCAACGAAAUGAAGUACAAUCUUUUACUAAGAAAUCUGGAAUUAAGUCUGGACCAUUGGUCAUCUUGGGUUUUAAUGUUGACCAAUCGGUGUGGGACAAUCUCUUUUUAAAGCCAAGCAGUAAUCUGCCAUCAUGUAACGAUCCCAUCGACCCUGAUACCAUUCCUCUAUCACUUUUAUCACUUUUAGAUCCUAGUGGAACUGCUCUCCCUGUUCCUCACUAUAAUUUCUUAUAUUAUCCGGAAAUUUAUCCAGAUAGUGUAAUUUGCUCCUACAGUCUAAAUUUAUCGAAAAAGAUUGUUAGGAAGAACGUUCCAGCUGCAUGUGUAGAAAUAUUGAAACUUAGAAGUUUGGUUUCAGCUACAGAGGUUGUUUCAAGUAUUUCAAGAGGUUUAGUUCGAGCCAUCCAAAGAAGUGUACGAGAUUUAACUUUACCUAAGAAGAAUUAUCAGUUGGACCUACUUAUAUCAGUUCUGCCAUUGUUUGGACAAAAGAAGCGAUUUCAGCAUUUCGAAUAUUUGAAUAGAGACAGAAAUAUAUUUUUAGAUGUCGUUAGACGAGGAUGGAAGGCGCCUUUUGUUGAGUUUGGAAUACCGCAUUUGAAAAUUAUUAUUAUUAUUAUUAUUUAA